UGCUCUACUUGAAUCAUGGAUAAGAUAGAGCACACACACGUACACACAUAGUGAUAUAGAGAAGUAUCUCACGGGUCGAUUUUCUCUACAUCAACAGAGUUCAGCGGCAUUGUCAGUGCUGUCAGUUGACGAAAGAAGUGGACCUAGUACAAUAAAAAUGUCGUUCGGUGAAAAAAUUGCAUCGAUAAUGCAAAGGCCUGGCCAGGAUCCUGUCGCUAAGGACGAUGUUCCCUGGUGGAUGAAGUAUGCUGCGCGAGGGCUCGGCACUGUAGGCGGUUUCAUCGCAAUCUUUCUGGGAGUUUGGAAUUGUGCAUCGAUUUUAUUUGCUUCGAUAAUCUGUUUUCUUAGCGGUAUAUGGCAGAUGUUAGCUGGUUUUAUAGUUCUGAUGAUUGAAGCACCUUGUUGUUGUAUGUUCAUCGAUUUUGUCCAAAACUUAAGCGAUAUGGUGGAGAGCAAACCUUAUUGGAAUAGAGCAGCAGCUUAUUGUUUAUUAGCAUUGCCACCUGUCUUCCUUUGUCCAAAAAUAGAAAGCAUACUUGGUAGCGGAUUUAUUUUUGCGACUGGUAUUAUAUAUGGAUUAAUGUCAGUUGGAAGAAAGGCACCAUGGGGAGAAAUGAGAUCAACAGCAAUGGAAACACAAGCUCCUUCAUCAAGUAUGCAAUCAACGCUCGUUGAAAAUGCUCAACCAAUGGGAUAUAGUAGUAAACCUGAUAGUAAUGUUUGACAUUUAACGUACAUUGGCAAAACAAUUCGAUAUUUCGCGUGAAUGGUGGUGUGUUGUAAUGACCUGGUCAAAUAAUUGUUAGGGCUAUGAACAUCUAUCAUAAAUUAUGAUACCCAUUGCACUAAUGCUGAUGUCUUAUUGAAAUUUUGAUGUUUAAAUAGGCAGUUAAUUUUAUUUUAAAUGUGACCAACAAUGCCUGAUAUAAGCCAUUUGUACCUACAUAUAAUCAAGGAUGCAAAACGGUUUAGUAUUAGUCUUAUAUUCUUCUGAUUUGCAUCUUAUAGUUAUAUGAACAUUAAAUCGUUUUGCAUUUUUGUAUAUCUGUAGUACACCUCAGGUUACUUAUAAACAUUAUGUUGGCCUAUCUUGUUCAAACCUGCUUUAUUUAGUAUCAAGAAAUUUAGGAUUAGAUAAUCAAUAUACAAGGUCUGUAUUGUUAAUUACAAUUGAUAUAUAGAAAUUGAAUAUAUUAUUAAGUCUACAUUAUGCUAAUGUUCUUUACAGCUUUACAAAGUGCCAGCUGCAUUUUCAUCAUUGCAUCUUUCAGUGACACUUAUUUACCAGUAGUUAUUUUAUUUGAAAAGAAAAAAAAAGAAA